GUCCAUCAUCUGAUAAGAAAAAAAAAAUAAAUUCAUGAAAUUAUUUUAAUUACUAGCUUCAAAAUUUCCCUUCGGUGAGGUGGUGAUUAUCAUUUGAUCAUUCUUCCUCUCACUCCUCUAACCUCUACAGAUCUCAAAGCCUUGGUCGCGAGUGAAUGGGUUUGUGGACGCUGAUUGAAGGGCUCCUACUCUUUGCAAAUGCAUUAGCAAUAUUGAAUGAGGAUCGGUUCCUUGCACCAAGGGGGUUGAGUUUUGAGGCUAUAGCGGGCAGGAGAAAGUCGCUUAAACAACGAGCUGUGGAGCUUAUAUAUUUUGCUCAAUACAUGAGAUUGCCCUUGAUUAUCACAAACAUUGUCAUCAUCGUGUUAAAGCUGGUUUCUGGAUGAGGUAAUGGAAAAUGAAAUUCAGCAAAUACAUCUGGGCAUAUUGUAUGAAACCAGUUGACAUAAAACUCAUUGACAUAACUGAAAUGGAGGCAAGAAUUCUGUUCUUGGUUUGUAGUAUUUUGCUUUGAAUCAAUGUAUACCAGAAUCUUAAUAGCAUCACAAUUUCUUUUACUUGCAAGAAUAGGCGUUUGUAGAAUUAAAAAAAAAAAUCUAAAUCAAGGAAAAGGGCUAAAGGGGUAAUUAGGAAACAGGUAUUAGGCGGACAUUCUGUUUCAGAUGGGAUUCCUUUAAUAUUUUUUUUUCUUUAUUUUUUUUAUAUUUUUUUUAUUAUGUUGAUUAUAUUAAUUUAGUUUAAUUAAUGUGAAUCUAUACAAUCUGUUAAUGAAUG